UUAUUUUUCAUUUUUUCAUUUUUCUUCUUUUUUUUUUCUUUUUCUUUUGUUUCUCUCGUCUUCUCCGACGACGAUGAGAAGCAACCGCUGCAAUUUGUACUUUCUGAACGCAUGUUCGCUCCGACUAAGGUCUCUGAUUACAUCCGUUACGAUCUCAAAGAAAUCAUUAAACCCUUCAAACGCAGCUCCAAUCGAAGUCUAGAAGACGAUAUCGAUAAAAUCUCUGCUCAGGAACAGAAAGUCUUCACCUUUCAAUCCCUAGUCUCCGCUACCAAAGAUUCCAGUAACCUGCUCAGGAAUUAUGGUUUCUGGCCUACCUUCGCUGUCUUCCUUCAAAGUAUACUUGUACUAGGCUGGCUUUUGCAGCAUCCAUACAUCAGAUCGCUGCUUGAUCGCUACCGUGGAAGGUGUGUUCCUGUCUAAUCCUCUCUUUGCACACAAGUACAUAUCCUGUAAACGACUGUCGAUACCGUACGUAGGUACAUAUUUAUAUACCACUCUAGAAACUCAUCAUUAGUACGUUGUAAAUGGUUCUUGUAAUUGGGUUUGUGAAUAAUACUUUCAUGUAGUCAGAUUGUCUCAUUCUCCAACCACGAAUUCCUGUUGAACAUUCUAACCUCAUUGUUCAUAGUGACUCAGAUUGUCUCACUCUC